CCCAAAUAUAUUAUUGCUUCUCUCCUCUCCUCUCCUGUCUGCUCUCUCUUCCCUCACUUUCUCUCUCUAAAAUGUCCUUUUUGUAACUCUCUUUCUCCGUUGUGUGUUUGGCUCUGUUUUCUCGGCGGCUGAGAAAGAGAGAGAGAGAAAAAUCUGAGGAAGAAGAGGGAGAGAGGGGCAAGAAAGAGCCAUGGGUUGUUUUCGUUGUGGAAAAUCAGAUAAAAAGUUGAAGAAAAACAGUAACAGUAGCAGCCACAACAGCAACAACAACAGCAAACCCAAUGUUCAAACACAGUCCAGUCCAGAUGCAUUGAAAGUUAAUCCAUAUUUGGAUGUGAAGAAGGAGACGGAUGUGGAGAAACAGGACUCUAAGGAAGUUAAUCCAUCUUUGGAUGUGAAGAAGGAGGUCUCUGGGAAUGGAUUACCUGAUAAAAAUGGAUCACCUGAUAAAAAUGGAUUACCUGAUAAAAAUCAGGCACGGACAUUUACAUUUCAUCAACUUGCGGUUGCAACUGAUAAUUUCAGGUCUGAUUGUUUCUUGGGCGAGGGAGGUUUUGGCAAAGUUUUUAAGGGAUAUUUGGAUAACCCAAGCCAGGUUGUGGCAAUCAAGCAACUUGAUCGCAAUGGAUUGCAAGGGAUUAGGGAAUUUUUUGUUGAAGUAUUGACAUUGAGCUCUGUUGAUCACCCUAAUCUUGUCAAAUUAAUUGGGUAUUGUGCUGAGGGUGAUCAAAGACUGCUAGUUUACGAGUACAUGCCAUUAGGAUCUUUGGAAAACCAUUUGCAUGACCUUCCACCUGGCACGAAACCACUUGAUUGGAAUUCAAGAAUGAAAAUAGCUGCUGGUGCAGCCAAAGGCUUAGAGUAUUUACAUGACAAAAUGUAUCCCCCUGUUAUAUACCGUGAUCUGAAGUGCUCAAACAUUUUGCUUGGGGAGGGCUAUCAUCCUAAACUAUCAGAUUUUGGCUUGGCAAAAGUGGGUCCUACAGGGGAUAAGACUCAUGUUUCGACAAGGGUGAUGGGUACAUAUGGGUACUGUGCACCAGAUUAUGCAAUGACCGGUCAGCUGACAUUUAAGUCAGAUAUUUACAGCUUCGGGGUGGUUCUUUUGGAGCUCAUUACAGGCAGGAAAGCAAUUGAUAAUUCAAAAGGUGCUAGGGAGCAAAAUCUGGUUGCAUGGGCACGACCCCUGUUCAAAGACCGGAGGAAAUUCUCACAGAUGGCUGACCCAUUACUCCAUGGUCAGUAUCCUGUCAGAGGUUUGUACCAAGCUCUUGCCAUUGCUGCAAUGUGUGUGCAGGAGCAACCUAACAUGCGGCCCCUCAUAGCUGAUGUCGUUACUGCUUUAAACUACCUUGCUUCUCAAACAUACAACCCCCAAAUCCAUCCAGUCCAAAGCCACCAGGGGAGCAUUUCUCCCACAACGAGAAAGGGCAGUGAUAAGAAGUCAUCGCAGGAAAUGCACCAGAGGAAGACUGAAGGAGAGAAGUAAACUAGGAAUCAGGUGGUAACUCCUUUCGACUGUGUUUAUAUAUGAAGUGCCUGGUUAUCGGUUUUUGUAUCUUGGAAGAUAACAGGUGCUAAUUCCUCCCCUCAACCUUAACCUACAGGGAAUUUCUUCACUUCCCCCUUCAUUGUACAUGUGAGCUGGGUUUCCUGUAUGUAAAAUGGCUCUCUGUAGGAACAGACUUCCAUUUCUUAUAGUCUUUUCAUUUUCUUUCA